CCAAAAAAAAACACACACACACACACAAAUACUUGUAUAGAAAUUGGUUCAUUUGUACCCUUAGGGGCCAAAAAUGAAAACGUUAAAGUUCAUGGACAAAUUUGAAAAAGAAAAAGGUAAAACAACUGACACUGUGUUGUUUAACACUCCAACCAGACGCCAUUGAAAUCAAUUGCAGUAAGCCUUCAAGCUUAUCACGUCUGCUACAAAGAAGUGAGGCCGCAUCUUGUUACUAAUAAAUGCAUCUACAUUCCAAUCUCUAUUAAGUCCUGGUCUAUAGAUCCUUUACAGUUCGAUCAACCGUUGUUUUGUGCGUCUUUGCGAUCAGCAGUGAUGAAGGGGAAAUUCGGCGGUAAGCAGCCGACGGGUACUCCGUCAGUGGCAUGGUCGACGGUCGUUGUCAUCGUUUCACUGCUUUCUGGCGCAUCCGUCGUCCAUAACAUCUUCAAACCUGAUUUGACAUUACCUCCCAUUGAAAGUGUUAGUGCUGAUAAGAUGCAACAACCUGCUAAAGAAUGACCAUUUCUCUACAAAGUUUGUGGUUUAUGAUAGUGGGUGUCUUUUAGAUUUUGUAUUUGGAACUAUGAUCACAAUUUUAAAAAUAAAGUUUCUUCCUGUUUUCAUUUGAUAACUUGAUACAUUUGUAUGAGUAACGGUUUUACAAAAUGUAAUUGACAGUUUAAUGUGGUUUGAUGAUUUGUUCUUAUUAA